GUACGGUUGUGUUCAGUGUUGUGUUAUGUUUAAGUGAGGCUGCAUCAAAGCAAGCCCGCUACAAUGGAAAAAAUUGAAAGUACAUGUAAUAAAUCGUAAAACUACUUUUUUAAUCGAAAAGGGAGGAUUCAAAAUCUGCCGCUUUGGAGGUGUAUUCUGAUUGUAAUAACAUAUUAAGAAUUUGAAUUGGCUUUGGUAUGGAUAUUCCGACGUUUCUGGAUGAGGAAAGGAAGUUCACCGGUCGAUUAAGCACUAAACCUAAAUUCAACUGAACAAUCUCGAAGCGUAGUCAAUUACCAGAAACACACAUGGGUGCAAGAUGACAAGAAAAUUCCUCUUCUGUUUUCCCCUCCGAGUGGGAAACAUGAUAUUCGGCUAUUUCGUAUUAGUAAUAACAAUAGCAGUAAUGGCUUACAAUUUAUACCAGCUUGGCCUUAGCAUCAAUUCGCCUGAAAAAGUUGAUUCCAGCAAAUUCCAAAACUGGGAGAAACUAGAGGACCUGUUCGGAGAGAAAAAAGAAACGUUGGUAGCGUUAGUCGCUAUGGUGUAUUACGCAUCGUAUAUAGUUAUUGCUUUCCUGAUGUUUAUCUUUUCCGCAAUGUUUACGUGUGGAGCUUAUUCGGUGAACAACUGCCUGGUGUCGUCGUUCUUCCUGUACAGCUUCUUCCAUUUGUUCCUCACGAUAUUCCUGAUCGUGUGGGAGGCCACCUCCGGCGGCUGGAUACAGCUUGGCCUUGUUGCUGGAUCAGAUUUGAUUUUGAUUAUAUGCCUCUUCAGCGUCAAGUAUCUGAUGGAAGCAAUCCGAACGGGCAACAUUUACAGCAGACCGGGAGAAGUGUAUUAUAAGUAUUAAGUAAGAUGUUUUGAAUUUACGAAUUUUGAUAACCUCAAAUAAAUUAUAGACUCAGUUUACCCUCAA